UGAUUUGAAAUGAAUUUUUAAUAAAAGAACUGAAUUAAAUUUCUUCUCCUGGGUGAAUCAGAUGGAGAUCCAGAGAGAAUCCACACCGACGCCUGAGGACGACGACAUGGAGAUCAUCACCAUCUACAUUAACAGAGAAUUCAUGAAGCAGGUCCAGGACUCGCCGGGGAGCGCCAACGUCCGUCUGUCCGAUAGUGUGGACGAGAAGGUUGGGGUCACUAAGUCCACCAUCAGCGUCAUGUCAGAGGAGCUUAAUGUGGCCUCCUCCCUGCUGACCGACUCCGUCCUGGAUGAGGACGAGGUGACCAACGUCCCCCAAAUUAAGGACGAGAAGGUUGGGGACGCUGAGUCCACCAUCAGCAUCAUGUCAAAGGAGCUUAAUGUGGCCUCCUGUCAGCUGACCGACUCCGUCCUGGAUAAGAUCAAGGUGACCAACGUCCCCCAAAAUAAGGACGAGAAGGUCGGGGGUGCUGAGUCCACCAUCAGCAUCAUGUCAAAGGAGCUUAAUGUGGCCUCCUGUCAGCGGACCAACUCUGUCCUGGACGAGAUCAAGGACACUUUUGGUCAAAAGGAGAAGAGUGAGAAAUCCACCAUGACUGACCCGAUACCAGAAAUCGAUCCAACCUGCAGGAAGAUCCUGGUUCAGCCGGUAAAGAAGCUGCCCGCUGAAGCUCCAGCUAAAGAAGCAAUCUGCACUGCAGAAAAGAUGAAGAAGAAGAAGAAGAAGGACCAGAUCCUGGGAUUCUUCAGAAGAUCCUGGCAGACCACGAAGAGGAUCUUCAACAAGAGAUCAAACAUGGAGAUCGUUACCAAGCAGGUCCAGGACUCACUGGGGAGCACCUACGUCCACCUGCCCAAUAGUGUGGAAGAGAAGGUUGGGGUCACUAAGUCCACCAUCAGCGUCAUGUCAGAGGAGCUUAAUGUGGCCUCCUCCCCGCUGACCGACUCUGUCCUGGAUGAGGAUGAGGUGACCAACGUCCCCCAAAAUAAGGACGAGAAGGUUGGGGGCGCUGAGUCCACCAUCAGCAUCAUGUCAGAAGAGCUUAAUGUGGCCUCCUGUCAGCUGACCGACUCCGUCCUGGAUAAGAUCGAGGUGACCAACGUCCCUCAAAAUAAGGACCAGAAGGUCAGGGGCCCUGAGUCCACCAUCAGCAUCAUGUCAAAGGAGCUUAAUGUGGCCUCCUGUCAGCAGACCAACUCUGUCCUGGACGAGAUCAAGGAUACUUUUGGUCAAAAGGAGAAGAGUGAGAAAUCCACCAUGACUGACCCGAUACCAGAAAUCGAUCCAACCUGCAGGAAGAUCCUGGUUCAGCCGGUAAAGAAGCUGCCCGCUGAAGCUCCAGCUAAAGAAGCAAUCUGCACCGCAGAAAAGAUGAAGAAAAAGAAGAAGAAGAAGAAGGACCAGAUCCUGGGAUUCUUCAGAAGAUCCUGGCAGACCAUGAAGAGGAUCUGCAACAAGAGAUCAAACAAAGUUUCCCCCCUCUAAUUUCCCCACAAUCCCCCAAAUGAUAUUCCCUCCUCAGCUAUAUAGCACAUUCUCAGACAAUUCUCCAUGUAAGAUCAUUUUGGUGAGGAGCAGAAGAUUCAGAACUUAAACCAGCUUUUUCACCUUCAGGACUUCAGCUUUUAUCGACGUGAAAAUGCCGUUCCCUUUACCAUCCGCCUGGCACUGCUGCGUUCUGCCCCAUGUUGGUCCCUCCAGACCUGGACCGGUCCAUCUUGUUCCCUCUUGCUCCCUCUUGCUUCUUGGCUGAGAGCUUCGUGGUUGAGAGCUCCGGUGUACCGGAAUGUUCUCCGGUGCUCUUAGGGUCGGGGUUGUCUUAAACUUCUCUGUGCAGGAUACGAUCGCUGUUCCACAGACUUGGUUCCAUCUUGGUACCAGAAGUCCUCAUGAUACCAGAGUCUGUGGUUCCUGGUAGAGAUGGGAGGAUCGAUCGGCUAUGUAUCGAAAUCGGCCGAUUUUUUAUCAAAAUAUGCGAUCGGCCGAUAUUUCCUAAAUUCAGCAGAUCCGAUCGUGUGAUAUACAAACAUCAUCUCCAUGUUAAGCUUAACAGCUCAGUGGAUUGAUCCAGACAUUGAGCUACAAAGCUCCAACCAUCGUAUCACCAUUCAACAAACAUCGCACUUUACAACCUAAAAUAACAUAAUUAACGUUGUGCAUCAUACAUACGAUGGAAUUUUGCCGAUUGAAAUAUUUACUUUAAAAAGAUAAUUCAACCCGACCCCAUCUAAGUCAAUUCUAUGAGCACAUUAUAUGAACUCGUGGUUCACUUUGGUAAAUCGUAAGCGGUUCUUGCUUUUGAUGUAGAUGAGAGCAGAAAACGUUACAGAGCCAAUCGGAGGCAAAAGUUUAUUAGUUACUAAGUUGGUUAGUUCAGGAUCAUUUGCAGUGACUGACAGAAAACUUUUAGCUCCACAGACAGAACGACUCUGACUCGGUUACCGCUCUGUGGUAAUAGCGGUUUAAUGAAGCUUUUUAAUGUAAGAGAGUCACACAGAAUGUUCUGUAGUAGCUGGUGUUUAUUUAAAACCACGACAUUAAUUAAUUAAUUAAUUAACACGGAGAGAUAACUGAGAAGAGAAACGCUUCGCAUAAAAUGAAUCGACUCGUGAAUCACUUAUAUCAAUACUGCGAACAGAUCGUCUCUCUUAAAGACACACACACACACACACACACGUGGCAGCAUUUGGCACCGGUUUAUCUUCACUGUUUCCCUAUUUCAAGUUUUUUUCAGACUGAACUGGAUAACAUUAAACCUGCGUGUGUGGUCAGUUAGACUAAUGAAAUAUGUCUCCUGUGGGUGAAAAAAUAAAUUGCUUUAGUUUAAAAAGUAAACCCCCCGUCAACCCCCCCCCCAAUCCGAAUCGGCUAUCGGCCUAUCACCCUCAAAGAAGAUUAGAGAUCGAAAUCGGUGCCAAAAACCCUGAUCGGUACAUCUCUAGUUCCGGGUGCUUCUGAGAACUGUUGGUUGCUCGUGGUGGUGGUGUUGGAUUUCAGAAGGAAUUCUGGGACUUUGUGAGCUGAGCUUGAUCAUCUUAGAUGUUGGGCUCCCCCAGUACCAGGAUUCUGGCUUCAACACCUCAAGUGUUGGAUUUCUGAAGGAAUUCUGGGACUUUGUGAGCUGAGCUUCAUCUUCUUAGAUGUUGGGCUCCUCCAGUACCAGGAUUCUGGCUUCAACACCUCAAGUGUGGGAUUUCUGAAGGAAUUCUGGGACUUUGUAAGCUGAGCUUCAUCUUCUUAGAUGUUGGGCUCCUCCAGUACCAGGAUUCUGGCUUAAACACCUCAAGUGUUGGAUUUCUGAAGGAAUUCUGGGACUUUGUGAGCUGAGCU